CACACACUCAGAGCCUCCCACAAAGAAGACACCACAAUGACUGAUCCAAACACAUCUUCUUUUGUCAUAGACUUUGGCGCCAUAUAUGAAGAACUGAACUUCACUUACAAUUACACAGAGUUCAUCAUUGACCCUGAAACGCAGCCCUGCAACCCAUUCUCCUUCCCAGAUGGGGUGAUGAUUGUUAUCAGUAUUUUUUACAUCCUCAUCUUUUUGUUGGCCAUUCCUGGAAAUCUGGUCGUGGGGCUGGUCAUUGGCCUCAGCAAGCAGUCGCUGCCUCCCUCUGACCUCUACCUGCUCCACCUGGCAGUUGCGGACCUCCUGCUGGCCAUUACCCUCCCAUUCUGGGCCACCUCUGUUACGAAGGGUUGGGUGUUUGGAGACGCUGUUUGCAAAAUUGUCACCAUCCUCCAAGAGCUGAGCUUCUACUCCAGCAUUCUCUUCCUGACUUGCAUUAGCAUGGACCGUUACAUGGUGAUCGUGCGAGCUAUGGAGGCACGCAAGGCUAACCGACAGCUGGUCAGCUGGGGAGUGUGUGCUGCUGUCUGGACUGUUGGAGCACUUCUGUCUCUGCCAGGGCUUUUCAGUUCUUCCUUCUCUUCCCAAAACUCUCAUCAGCCAGUGUGCGCUGAGCUAUACGAUCCCAGCAGUGCUGACGUGUGGCGGCUGGCCACCAGAAUUCUCCGCCACAGUCUGGGUUUUGUCAUCCCCUUGGCCAUCAUGCUGCCCUGCUAUGGCGUGACCAUCAAGCGCCUCCUUCACAUCCGUGGGGGGUUUCAGCGGCAACGAGCCAUGAGAGUGAUUGUGUUCGUGGUUGUGGCCUUCCUGCUUUGCUGGACACCCUACCACAUCGCGGUGAUGACAGACACGUUUUUCAGGACAAAGAUAGUGCCGUACCAGUGCCCAGCAAGGAUGGCGGUGGAUCGGGCCAUGUUCGCCACCCAGAGCCUGGGCCUGCUUCACAGCUGCGUCAACCCCGUGCUGUACGCUUUUGUGGGAGCGAAGUUCAGGAACAGGCUGGCGCAGAUCAUGAGGAAGAUGGGCAUCGCGGACAGAACAUCAGUGAGCCGAAGCAGCAGGUCGUCACUGUCAUCUGAAAUCACAUCCACGUUCUUGUGAAACACCAGAGACACUUUGAACUAUUCAGAGAAAUUGAUCGCAUCAGUGUAUUUACUGCACGGUCUCAAGUGCUGGACAACAGAUGACUAGUUUUGAUACUGCAGCUUAAAUUUUUUUCUUUUUUAAAAAAUUUUGUAUUUGGCUAAAUUUGUAAAUAGUUUUUCAUACUUUGCUCUAUUUUUUCCACCUUAUUUAACUUGGUUUCAGUCCGGUGUAUACCAGGGGUUGCUUAAACCCCUGUUGCUUAAAAAUCAGCUGCAAGCAACUUUUGUGGUUUUCCAUUUAAAUCCCCUCGCUUUCCUCACACACGUCCACUUCUGAGAAAACUGUAUCAAACACGUCUGACAAGUUUCAAUUUCAAGUGUGUCUGUAUUUCAACUAGGCAGCACUGUGUCACAACAUCCACGGAUGAGCUGAACAACUGAUGUUGAGGUGCAGUGUUGCAUACAAAUGUGAAUUAUCAGAAUUAUUUUCCAUGAUUCACAAUUUACAACUAAAAUCAUUUUAUCAUCAUAAUUUUCAGCAGUAACAUGAAACUAUCCUGUACAUAUAACUCCAUGUCAGCUUUUCACAUAUUCAAAUAUUUGUUAGUAAGAUUGUCUGAGGUUUCUGUAUAUUUAGCUAAAGGCAGCGGGAUGUUAUUCACAGGCCAAACGAUUUCAGAGUGUGUAUAGUUGCAAUCAUUAAAG